GAGACAGAGAGAGACAGAGUAUGAACAGGGGAGGGGCAGAGAGAGAGGGAGACACAGAAUCUGAAACAGGCUCCAGGCUCCGAGCGGUCAGCACAGAGCCCGACGCGGGGCUCGAACCCACGGACCGUGAGAUCAUGACCUGAGCUGAAGUCGGACGCUCAACCGACCGAGCCACCCAGGCGCCCCUAAUGUGAUCAUCUUUAAUGGGAGAAAAACAACUUUCUUUUGAGGUUAUUGCAGAUAAUGAAUGAAAUAGCCCUUGUGAAGUAUUUACUUUAUAAGAACUCAGUAGUUGUUCAUGGCUGCAGUUUCUGCUGUUAUUAUUUUAUUGCCAUUCCUGCAAAAGAGGGGCAGAGGUUCAGAGCCUGAGCUUUGAAUCUUAUCUCUACCAUCUUAUCUCUAUCCAGUUGUAUGACCUUGGACAAAUUAUUUAACUUCUCUUUGCCUCAGUUUUUUUUACCUGCUAAGUGAAAACAUUCUUAGUGUAGGAGUUGUGAAAAUUUAGUUAAAGCAGAAUCUGGUACAGAGUAAGUGAUUGUAGCAAGGCUGUUGCUGUUAUUUAACUGAAGUACCCUCUUUGCCUCUGGAUUUGGGUAUCUUCCGUUUUGGCCUUAGAGAUGUAUAGUGACCUGAAACUUUCCAGGCUGUCAUUUUAACCUUCAUUUGCCGAAAUACCUAGGAGUCUAUGCUCUUAAUUCUCCAGUGAUGUCACUUUUCUGAUUUCGUUACCAUGCCAUCUUUAGAACCCUAUUGUGACUGCUUCAGAAGGACCUGCUUGGUCCUCUGCUGGUGGUAGGUCUGAUAACGUGGCACACAGAUCAGACUUAAAAAGACAUCCGAACCAGUGAAGCAAAAUCUCUAAGGAAGUUAAUUGAGAGUUGGAGGCAACGUUGCUGAAGAUGAAGAAUACACAGUAUUAGAGGAGGAGAUUUUUUUUUUUCUUUCAAAAGUCUUGAUUGGUGGCUUACGUCCAGUUACCACUCUUCAUUUGAGUCUGUUUUCUUCAUCAGAAAUGAUUUUUACAAUUUCAAGAAAAACUAUGUCCCAGAAAUUGAGUUUACUGUUGCUUGUAUUCGGACUCAUUUGGGGAUUGAUGUUACUGCACUAUACUUUUCAACAACCAAGACAUCAAAGCAGUGUCAAGUUACGUGAACAAAUACUAGAUUUAAGCAAAAGAUAUGUUAAAGCUCUAGCAGAGGAAAAUAAGAAUGCAGUGGAUGUUGAGAAUGGCGCUUCUAUGGCAGGAUAUGCGGAUCUAAAGAGAACAAUUGCUGUCCUCUUAGAUGACAUUUUACAACGCCUGGUAAAGCUGGAGAACAAAGUGGACUAUAUUGUUGUGAACGGCUCGGCAACCAACACUACCAAUGGCACAAGUGGAAACCUGGUGCCGGUAACCACAAAUAAAAGGAUCAAUGCGUCGGGCAGCAUUAGAUAGCAGUUGAAGAUCACCUUGUGCUGCUACAUCCACCGUGGGUCAUAUCCUAUGGCAGAAAGCUUUUAAGUUGCUGGCUAGGAUAGAAUAAUACUGUACAAUAAAAGCCCUACGCAUUUCUGAGGAA